AUUGUGGCGCGCCUACCCAACCCAGACAGCGGCCUGCCUGUCAGUGCCCGGGAUGAGCGAGAGUCGGUAACGUUAGUGCGAGCGAGACCUUGGCUGGGCCACGUAGCGAUGGAUCUACAGUAGCACUGAGUCUACUGCUAAUAUAUCAGUGUCAUACAUUCUAAAAAUGCAUUAGUAAACACAUUUGCAAUUGAGCAUGCAAUAGGAUUAUCAAACAGUGGUGAACUGCAACAGUAGCUGGCUCUUUUUGUGCGUCUGCAGCACUCCAGAAUCCCUGCAACUCUGAUUGCACGAAAUGAGAGAGCGCUCUCACCGAAGGCGGCAGAUUGCAGAUGGCUCCUGAAACGAGGCACAGAAGUUCUGACUGCAGCUCAAAGUCCGGCGUGAAGCUCACCCUCAAGACAGAAGCUUAAAGACGGAAGCCCUAACGGACAAUAUAACACUGACAGCCUCGAGUGAGAGACUAACCUGAGAGGCUUCAUCUGCGGAGAGACCGAAACCUCAUCGAGGUUGAAGAGCAGACACCCCAGCAUCCAGAGAAGCUUUGAGAUUCAAGCUCAACAGAGGCCUAAGCUGUAGCAGAAUGCCACUCACGGUCUGUCCUCAGCCUUUGUCCUGUGGUGAGCAUGGAUCCCCUGUUUGAAUCUGGGUGACGCUUUCUUCCCUUCACCCCUUCCUCCUUCCUGUCUCCUCAGUGGCGGGAGGGGUGGGGGAUUGCUUCCGUUCCCCCUGCCCCUCCUUACAACAUAGCGAGGUUACUCUCACAGUUUAAGAAUACCAACACUGCUAACAAACCUCUGGCUGUGCUUCAACUAGCACUACUACAGUCUUCCCCUCCCACACACAUGAAAUCCUGCCAGAGCCUGAAGGGAGAGGUGUCCAGCCCAGGUGGGAUGUCACAGGAGGGGCGCAGAACACAGCAGGUGGCCCAGUCCUACUACCACUCCCCCGCCCCAGACCUGGACCUAACGGGCAAGCUGUACAAGCGGGAGGGCGGGGGCAAGCCUUACUCUGUGCUAGUGGACAACAAGAUGGCAGCCAAGACCCCCAUGGGUGACCAGACUCCCAGUCAGCUGUCCCCGCAGCAUGUUACCUCCCCCCAGCAGCAGUACUACAGAGAGGGGACAGUAGGGCAGGAGGGGGGCGCGCAGGGGGCCCAGGCAGGCAAUGGGGGCACCUCCGAGGACUCAGAGGAAGAGGAGGAGUCAUUCAAUCGGGAGCAGAUCAUCGUGGAGGUCAACCUGAACAAUCAGACACUUAACGUAUCAAAGGGGGACAAGUCCGUCCCCCAAACUGAUGCCUCAGAGAGACACUGCAGCGAGGAGGAGGAGGAAGAAGAUGAGGAAGAUGUGGAAGAAGAUGAAGUUGAAGAGGAAGAAGAGGAGGAAGAAAUAGAGAGCCGUAGAACGAGAGCCAAGAGGGCCCGGCGUGGGUUGGCCCCCGCUACCAGCCAGUCCCGGAGGAAGACCCAGUUCACCGCUCUGAGCACCACCGGCAUGACCACCAGGGGCCGACGGAAGAAGACCACCCAGCCGCCCAAGAGGACACGCCGGACUGCCAGGGAGGGCAAGGGGACCCCCUCAGCUGGCUCUGCCACGGGGGAUAAAGCGGAUGGGGAGGAGCGGGAGACGCUGGCGUGUGAGAAGUGCCCCCGCGUCUUCAACACCCGCUGGUACCUGGAGAAGCACAUGAAUGUCACACACAGACGCAUGCAAAUCUGUGACAAGUGUGGCAAGAAGUUUGUCCUGGAGAGUGAGCUGGCCUUACACCAGCAGACUGACUGUGAAAAGAACAUCCAGUGCGUCUCCUGCAACAAGUCUUUCAAGAAGCUGUGGUCGCUGCACGAGCACAUCAAGAUUGUGCACGGCUACGCAGAGAAGAAGUUUGCCUGUGAGAUCUGUGACAAGAAGUUCUACACAAUGGCUCAUGUCCGCAAGCACAUGGUUGCUCACACUAAGGACAUGCCGUUCACCUGUGAGACCUGUGGCAAGUCGUUCAAGCGCAGCAUGUCCCUGAAGGUUCACUCACUGCAGCACUCUGGGGAGAAGCCCUUCCGCUGUGAGAACUGUGCUGAGCGGUUCCAGUAUAAGUACCAGCUGCGCUCCCACAUGAGCAUCCACAUCGGACACAAGCAGUUCAUGUGUCAGUGGUGUGGCAAGGACUUCAACAUGAAGCAGUACUUUGACGAGCACAUGAAAACACACACAGGAGAGAAGCCAUUCAUCUGUGAGAUCUGUGGGAAGAGCUUCACCAGCCGGCCCAACAUGAAGCGCCACCGCCGCACCCACACAGGAGAGAAGCCGUACCCCUGCGAGUUGUGCAGCCAGCGCUUCCGCUUCUCCAACAUGCUCAAGGCCCACAAGGAGAAGUGCUUCCGGGUCACCAGCCCUGUGACUCUGCAGGCCAGCAGCCUCCCCUUGCCUCUCCACCUCUCUGCCCCCUCCUCCUCUGGCCCCGGCCCGGGCCUCGCUCCCUCAGCUGCCACCACCUCCGCCCCUCUGGGCCUCAGCCCGGCAGGAGGGGCUCUUCCCCCACGCGCCCCCGUGGGACACGCCUCCUUCUCCCACCUGCACAUGACCCCCUCUCACCAUCUCCCUCACCACCACACGUCGCAACAGCAGCAGCACCACCCCGGCACGCCCCUGCAAGCACCCCCUCUCCCCCACCACCACCUGCCUGUGCCCCCCGUCUCCCCUCCCCCCGCGCUCUUCAAGAGCGAGCCCCUCACCCACUGUGGGCAGGAGGACAGCAGCUACCUGCGUUACAUGGCACCGCAGGACAAGGGGCCUGGGGCCCCCCAGCAUCACUGAACCCUAUGUGGGCCCUGGGCUCCAGGCCUGCCUGCCUGCCACACCUCGAUUACCCCCACCCCAACUGUACCUGGCCCCUGGUGUAGAGCGGCCCCUCGAAGACUGAUAUGAACAAGACACCCAGAGCUCAGUACACACCAGUGUGUGAGGGAUACAGACAGGUACACUUUCAGUCUACACUUUAGAUAAGUGAGUGACCCACUUAGCUAGAGACCCAAGUCAACUAACACAGAUUUUACAACCUCUUUGCUCAUAUCUUUUCUUGUGAAAAUAUUCUUAGAAAAUCCUGUAUUCUUAGACAACCUGCCUCCCAUGGUAGAAGGCUGUGUGUGUACCGGUAUGUGAGUUAUCCUUUGUUUGUGUCCAUUUUGUCCUGCACUGACGGUUGCUAAUGUCAUUAUUCUGUUAGUGGUUCCUUAUCCAGGUAGCGGAUCAGAACAGAUCCAUUUCAUCAACUUAGUCCUUCAUGUCGACUGACUUAAACAACAGUUGCACAGUUCUGGGGGAGUUGUAAGUCCUAAGGCUGACCCGUAGGACCAUGGGGUCACCAAGGUCUUAUUGAAUGUUUACCAUCCUGGUGCCAACUGGGUCUCCCACUGUCUCCUGAGGCAUUCCACACUGGCUCUACCAGCAGUAGGCCAGGAAUCACUGCCACAGGUCACAGUGGGGAGGUUAGAAAAUGGCUGUUAGUGCUACUACUAGUCUGUUGCGACAGAGAUUCUGGUUAAUUGGUGCUUUCCAUUGCAGUACUACACACUUGUAUACACAGGCUAGGUCUCGUAACAUCUGGAGUGUAAUGUAACAGUGUGGGAUUGGUUGCGUUGUUGUGAUGCAGUUCUGGGAUUUGUCUUCUUGACUGACAUACAGCCUUCGAGCUGACAAGUUCAAAUGUUCCCAACAGAACAAACCUGAUGAUCCUGAAAGUGCCGCCAUGUACGUAUACACACGCACGCACGCACGCACGC